AUGGAACUGCUUCAUAUUGUCAGUUGUGGAGCUAUGGGAGUCGUCGGAAUUCAUUCGCUGCUCUUCUUCUACCACCUCUUCCUCAGUCCCCUCCGUCACUUCCCCGGUCCAAAGCGAGAUGCUCUCUCCCAAUUGGUCUGGGUCUACUAUUUAGUCCAGGGCAACUCAUGCAAAUACAUCGCCCGCCUCCACGAAAAAUACGGUGAAGUGGUCCGCACCGCGUCGAACGAGAUCUCCUUCACGACUGCCACUGCGUGGCAGGAGAUUUACGGCAAUAAAGCGAAAUGGCAGGAUAUAUAUGAGAAGAACGAGGCUCUCUAUGUAUUUGGACCGCAGCCAGUCCUAAACAUCUUCUUUUGCGCAAGCAGAGAGCAUGCAAGGAUACGGAAGCACAUUGCCCCGGCAUUCUCUGGAAAGGCCCUGAGUCAGCAGGAAGUUCUUAUCCGUGAGAGCAUCCACCAACUCAUUCAGGCCUUGCGCACUCGCUCCGGAAAUACCUCGUUUCCUGAUGAGAAUGGUGUAGUGAACAUGUCAGCAUGGACAACAUUCCAAGUGACAGAUGUACUGACAUCAAUGGCCUUUGGGAAAAGCUGGGGGACAUUAGAAUCGGGAGAAUAUCCCCAGUUCAUUGUGGACCUGUAUGGAACGCUGAAGGAUUCAGCCAAGAUUCGUGCUGCGCACCGAUUGAAGCCUUACCAUCACGUUAUCGAGCGGUUGGUCUCCAACGACCUGGGCAGAGCUUUUAUGGAAUACUUCGAGAGUGCCCAAAAAGCGUUAGAUACAAGGUUAGUCGUCAAUGAUACUCAGCGGAAAGACUUCGUGACAUAUGUUACCGACGGCCUUACGCGUGAGGAAUUGUUUGAAAAUUUGAACAUGCUUGUCGUGGCCGGUCUGGAUUCAACAGCGACAAUUCUCAAUGCGGCUAUCUACUAUAUCACGCACGACCUAUCCAGCUAUCAGAAGCUAGCCGAAGAGAUUCGCAGUGCCUUCCGCACAGAAAAGGACAUCACUAUUACCGGUGUAUCAGGUCUGAGAUAUCUGAAGGCGACCUGGGUCUCCGUUACUCAGUAUGCGGCAUAUCGGUCUCCGAGAUACUUUUCGAAUCCCCAUGAAUUCAUCCCGGACCGAUGGAUGGACGAAUCUAAGUACGCCGGCGACAAUCAUUUUGUAUUCCAUCCAUUCUCGAUUGGAACGAGAAGUUGCAUUGGAAAAACCUUUGCCUACGCCAAUAUGCGUUUAGCCUUGGCUUUUCUUAUUUGGAAUUUCGAUCUCAAGUUCCAGCCAGGGAAUGAUGAUCCGGACUCUCUUAAGGAAUACGGGUUAUGGGAACACCGGCCUAUGUAUGUCCAGGUUCAGGAGCGACAGUGA